UGAACGCGCCGCUGCGCUGUAUGGAAUCAAAGGAAAGUUGCAGAUUGUGGAUGUGAAAUGCAAUAAAACAGGAUGUUGGAAGGACAUUUAAGAAUGAAAUAAGUGGACAUUAAAUUGAGCUGUGUGAUUAUCUGGAAUGAUGUCUGGCACACCUGAGACGGCAGCUGAGCACGACGACAUGCUGAGAACGCGCAUUGCUUCGCGCAGAGGCAGACUGGGCGCGUGCACGGGGAGUCUAAAUGAAAUAAAGACUUUGAUGACUGAUGUUAGAAAUGCUGAUAAAGUCAAUGAUGCAUUUGAAGCAUUUAAAGGAGUUGUGGAUGAAUUUAAAAAUGCUCACAACUUUGUGCAAGAAUUCUUAUCAGAAGAGGAAAAGGAAAAUGAUUAUUAUGACUGGUAUGAACCCAGAAUAAUAAAUUUGAAUUAUUUCAUGAAAGAUGUUGAAACAUGGAAAAGAGAAAUUGCACAAUCAAAAGUUGGACCACUGGACAGCAUAUCAAAUGUAUCUCACAAAUCAAAGUCUGCCACUGGAUCAAAAGCCUCCAGAUGUUCCUCAGUAUCCUCAGAAUUAAAAAUUGCCAAAGCGGAACAAGCUGCCACAAUGGCUUGAGCUGCUGCACUUAAGGAAAAACACACCUUGCAACUGGAGGAAACAAAGCUUAAAGCAAAGAUGGAGCAAAUGCAACUGGAGGAAACAAAGCUUAAAGCAAAGAUGGAUCAAAUGGAGUUGGAAGCAGACCUCGCAGCAUCAACUGCUAAAAUACAAAUCCUUCAAGUGAAUUAAAACUAAUCAGCCAAAGACACAGCAGCUUUGCUACUUCAGUAGCUGUGUAUACAAAGCCAGCAGGAUGCACUGUAAAACAACCAUCUGUUCCACAACAACCUUUUCAAACCACACCCAGUGGUAUCAUCCCUUCAUGUGGAUAUUGUCAUGGCAAACAUGCUCUGAUUGACUGCUCACAAUUCAAAACACAGUCACAUGACAACAAGGUUGAAUUUUUAAGAAGGCAAGGAUAUUGUUUUGGUUGCCUACUAAAAGGUCAUUUAAGCAAAAAUUGUAAAAGAAGAUUAAUGUGUCAUGUUUGCAAAAUGAAACAUCCUACUGUACUUCAUAUUCCAAGUGAAAAAGGCCCAAGACAGGCAAAUCAAGCAAAGUUCAUUGCUGAGACAGAAGAAACCCCUAUAAGCAGUACUCUUGUUUCAGCCGGUGAUGCAACCGGGGCCGGGAAAGACUGUGCACCUGCAAUCAUGCCAGUCAGAGUUAAGACGGCAAUCAUGGAGGACGACUGUGUGUGUGCUUACGACUCGACCUGGGACACAGAGAGUGAUGGAGAGGACCAGGCCGCAGAUGGUCAACAUCGUCGAUCUAGUCGAGACAAAAAUAAAUCUGGUUGGACUUCAGAAUCGUGGCAUCACACGCCCAGAAACAUGAGGGCAGCAAAGGACAUGCAGAACUACAGAAGAGGAUACCCUAAUCUUGCAGAUGAAGAGUGCUCAGAGGACAAAAUGAAGAAUUUGCCGUUUUACCUCAAUAAAUUCCCCUCUUCACCUGAUAAUGUCUACAUUGAAUCGUUCCUCAAAGAAUGGAAGAAUGACUACAAAGAGCUGGAGAGUGUUCACUCAUACAUUCAGUGGCUGUUUCCACUCCGAGAACCAGGGGUAAACUACAUGGCUUCUGAACUCACCAAGAAGGAAAUUGAGGCCUUUAAGAGUAAUGAGGAUGCAAAAAAGAGGCUAGUGGAGUCCUAUGAACUCAUGUUGGGCUUCUACGGUAUCCGCCUGGUUAACAAAGAGACGGGUGAAGUGACACGAGCAGACAACUGGAAAGAGCGCUUCAGGAACCUUGAGCAGAACAUGCACAACAACAUGCGCAUCACUCGCAUCUUAAAGAGUCUGGGCGAGCUAGGAUUUGAGCACUAUCAGGCACCGCUCGUUCGCUUCUUCCUCGAGGAGACUCUGGUCAAGAAAAACCUCACCAGUGUUAAACACAGCGUACUUGACUACUUCCUGUUUGCGAUUCUGGAUAAACAACAACGCCAGGAGUUGGUGCGCUACGCCUACCUUCACUUUGAACCAAAGGAUACAUUUGUGUGGUGUCCCAGGAAGAUUCAGAGGCAGUUUAAGAAGUUCAGGAAGAAAGAAAAACAUUGGCAUUCCUCCUCUUCUUCUUCCACAAAAGACCAUUACGAAGAUAAAGAAAAAUCACGGACUCCACCAAGGACAAGACCAUGGACCAUGGAACAAGGAAACAUAUAACAAGACCAUGGACCAUGGAAUAAGGAAAUAUAUAACAAGACCAUGGAACAAGGAAACACAUAACAAGGCCAUGGACCUAAGACCAUGGAACAAGUAAAGACAUUUCCAGAUUCCAAAGGCUUUGUGAGAAGUGUUUUGGUUAAAACCAAGACCAACACGGUUCAACGACCAAUAGAUGAACUCUGCCUGCUAAUGGAAGCAGCUUGAUGGACUGAGGGGGGCUUCGGUUCUCCAGACUCGAUGACCACUUCAGAUAUGACUAUGGACUUUGAUGAGACUUGACUAAUAACUCAAGUAACUUAAUUAAUUUUGAAUUUGAAGAACAUAAUUGUUUGGAUUAUAUUGUUCUAUUAUGGCUCCUGUGAAUAUUAUUAUUUAUGUAAUUGUUUUGCUAAAGCACACAAUUAGGGGCCGGGAUGUUGGAGCCUAUCUGUAUUAUUUAUUUAUUAAGUGUUUGACAAUGAAAUCAAAUAAUGUCAAGAAUGAUGUUAAUGAAUUAUUGGAUGUUUUAGAUUUCAUUGUGAUUGACUGAUUGUUUUCAGCUGCUUACGCUCCUACUGGUGAGCCACUUCCUCCUCCUAUAAUUAAGAAGACAGGACAGCUGGGGGCCCUUUGUCUGUCUAUCAUGUUGAAGGAGUGAGGAGUGGAACAGUUUGUUUACCGCUAAAACAAUUUAUUUUGAAGCCACGCUAAACAAGCCACGCUAAAACAAGUUAUUUUGAUUAUGUUGAAAGUCAACCACGGAGAAUAUUUUUUGUUUGUGAAAAUAAAUUAUGAUAAUUUGGAAUCUAGAAAUAUCUCCGCGAGUGCUUAUUAAGGAAUUUAGUGAGUCAAACACCUCCUCCUCAAGACUACUCUGCAUUACAUUAUUUUUAUUUUUUCGAACUUUUUGGAACGCAAGAGUAGCCGCUACACCUAUCCUAGCUAGGUUACGAAAUUUGGGGCUGUAGAGCAAACAAUUUGAUGUAUGAUUUAAUCCAGUAGAUGGAAAGUAAAGCUGGACAAUUAAUCAAAUGUUGAUUUUGACUUCGAUUGUGGCUUCUCACAAUCAUGAAAAUAUAAUUAUCGAUAUAAACGAUUAUUGGGCAGCGGAACAUGCGUGCAAAUUCCUGAGCUUGUAACAGGUAAUCGGAUGAGGGGCAAAUGAGUGCAAAAAGAGCACGUCUACUAGAAGUUUGGGAUCUCACCACGUUUGCUACUUUUUAUUUAACACAGCGCUAUGUUUUCGUAGUACAAUAAAUACAGUCAGACCUGUUUUAGCGGCCACCUGUCUAUG